CUUCCGACAUCAUUUGCAGAGCAACUGGAGCCAUUGCUUCCUGUUGAGAGACCUUCUGGCAGCACCAGACCGGACGAAUCGAUCCGAAGCAUUCCAAACAGGCCCGAACCGUCCCACUAAUCCACUGCCUUUAUACGACAGUUCCAGAGCACCUGCACCUUCACCUGCACCUGCCGAGCGGCACUCUUUUCGACCCUUCACCCUUCGCGUUUGACCUUUCCCAGUCCUUACCAUCGCAACCCGCCAGCAUCUUUGCGCAUAGACACCAUGGCCGAGCAACCGCGGAGAGACGUGCACAACCAUGUGCUUUUCGAGGUGGCCACCGAGGUGGCUAAUCGCGUCGGUGGAAUUUACAGUGUGCUAAAGUCCAAGGCGCAAGUCACCACUGCAGAGUAUGGCUCGAGCUACACCCUGCUUGGUCCGCUCAACCGCGCGUCGGCAGCUGUCGAGGUGGAAGAGAUCGAACCCAGAGAUCCGGCGAUGAUAGCCACGCUCAAGAGCAUGAAUGAGAGAGGUAUCAAGACCAUGUACGGGCGAUGGCUCAUCGACGGCGCACCGCGAGUGCUCUUGUUCGACACGGGGACUGGCUACUACAAGCUGGACGAGUGGAAAGGCGAUCUGUGGUCAACAGCUGGCAUCCCCAGCCCUCCCGAUGACCACGAGACCAACGAGGCUAUCGUGUUUGGCUACUUGAUUGCCUGGUUCCUGGGCGAGUACGUCUUCCACGAGAAGGAGCGCGCCGUCAUUGCACAAUUCCACGAAUGGCUCGCAGGUGUUGCACUUCCUUUGUGCAAAAAGCGGAAGAUCGACGUGACGACCAUCUUCACCACACAUGCUACACUUCUCGGGCGAUACUUGUGUGCCGGAUCUGUCGACUUCUACAACAAUCUACAGUACUUCGACGUUGAUGCCGAGGCCGGAAAGCGUGGCAUUUAUCACCGGUACUGCAUAGAACGCGGCGCCGCUCACGCUGCAGAUGUCUUCACCACUGUCAGCCAUAUCACGGCUUACGAGAGCGAGCAUCUGUUGAAGCGCAAGCCAGAUGGCGUUCUGCCCAACGGACUGAACGUCAAAAAGUUCUCCGCUACCCACGAGUUCCAGAACUUGCACCAGACCAACAAGGACCGCAUUACCGAUUUCGUGCGCGGCCACUUCUACGGACACAACGACUUCGAUCCCGAAAAGACCCUCUACUUCUUCACAGCAGGUCGCUAUGAAUACAGAAAUAAGGGUGUUGAUAUGUUCAUUGAGUCUCUUGCUCGUCUCAACCAUCGCAUGAAGGCUGCGGGCUCGGACAUGACUGUGGUAGCAUUCAUGAUCUUCCCAGCGCAAACCCAGUCUCUCGCAGUGGAGGCUCUGAAAGGCCAAGCGGUGGUGAAGUCACUGAAGGACACUCUUGGGCACAUUGAGAAGGAGAUUGGCAAGAAGCUGUUUGAAAAGUCAAUUACGUGGCAGGAAGGCCAAGAUCCACCGGAUGAGAAGGACCUGCUCAGUGCACAGGACAAGAUCAUGCUGCGAAGGAGACUGUUCGCCAUGAAGCGCCACACACUCCCUCCAAUCGUCACACACAACUUGGUCAACGAUGCCGAGGAUCCCAUUCUCAACCAAAUGCGACGCUGCCAGCUAUUCAACCACCCUUCAGACCGCGUCAAGGUCGUCUUCCACCCAGAAUUCUUGAGCUCUGCGAAUCCAGUACUACCAAUGGACUACGAUGAUUUCGUACGAGGCACGCACAUGGGUAUCUUCAGCUCAUACUACGAACCCUGGGGUUAUACGCCAGCUGAAUGCACUGUCAUGGGAGUGCCAUCGAUCACCACGAACUUAUCCGGCUUCGGUUGCUACAUGGAGGAGCUCAUUGAGAACGCUUCAGACUACGGCAUAUACAUUGUGGACCGAAGGCUGAAGGGCAUCGACGACAGUGUGAAUCAGCUCACCGAGUACAUGUACGAGUUCACGAGAAAGAGUCGGCGACAACGUAUCAACCAGAGGAAUCGAACCGAGCGACUUAGUGAUUUGCUUGACUGGAAGAGAAUGGGCAUGGAAUACGUCAAGGCGCGACAACUUGCACUCAGGCGAGCAUAUCCUGACAGCUUCGGCGAGGAUGAUGACGAAGUGGGUUUCUUCGAUGGAACGGAGAGCAUCAAGAUUACCCGACCACUUUCUGCACCAGGCAGUCCGAGAGACCGCAGCGGCAUGAUGACACCCGGAGAUUUUGCCUCGAUCCAGGAAGGUCGUGAAGGUCUCAGCACGGAGGAUUACAUUGCGUGGAAGCUGCCAGAAGAGGAGGAUACCGAAGAUUACCCGUUCCCACUCACGCUGAAGCAGAAGAGCAAAGCUGCAGCACUCGCAGCUGCAAACGAUGAAAGUGGUCAUGGUAUGCCAACGAUUAAUGGCAAUGGCAAUGGCGCUUGAUCGCCAGUAGCGAGUCUUAGGAACUGAACAUAAAAAGUUAGCUGAAGCCUCGUUCACGAACUGAGAGUUGAGCACGCAUUAGCACGAGACGUACGCAUGCUUCUCUGCAUACCAACAUCUUGAGAUUGGUUCUGGUUUGCAGAGACGAGAAUGGAUAUAUGCUCUUGGGAAGAGCGUCGCAUGUUGUAGCAUUCGGUAGCAUUUGUAUCAUAUUUAAGCGC